CAAUAUAGUUCCAUCAAUGGUGUCUCUUUCCACUUGUUUGUUUGUAUAUAUGAAGUGUACUUUGAAUUUGAACAGCACAGUUGAAACUUUUGCUUCCUCUCCCUCCCAUCCCCAUGGGAAAGCCAGGCCACCACCAUUGACAGCUACCUACCACCACAUAAACCUCUCUAUCCAUCACCUCACCUCACCACACCACACCAACCAAUAUUCUCACCCUCUAAACCACCGAAAAAUGACCACUCUACCCUCUUUCUUCUCGCUAUUCACCUUCACCAUCCUAAUUCUCUCUGCAACUUCAGAAACAGAGCCACUCUGUAAAACCACGUCCUGCGAACCCGUUGGACUCCCCAUUCAGUUCCCGUUUUCGUUGCGAAACUCCAACCAAAGCCUUCGCUGCGGUUCCCCAGGGUUCGAGCUAUCAUGUACCAACACCAGGAGCCAAUCCCAACCGUUGAUUACUCUCCCAGAAUCUGGAGACUUCGUCGUCAAACUCAUCUCGCUCGUUGAACAGAGGAUUUGGAUUAACGACCCUGAUAACUGCCUCCCUCAACGAAUCAUGCGUGACCGUGGAUUGAAUCUUGAGGGCUCACCUUUCAGAAUAAGCGAUUACUACACUCUUGUUGAUUUCUCAUUCUUCAACUGUCCUUCCAAUAUAACCUCUUCACCUUUCGUUGACCCUAUCACAUGCUUGAAUUCAAGCUCUGUUUACAACAGCAGCGACGGAAACGGUAACUAUUCGGUGGUGGCGAUGAUGACGGAUCCUCCGUUUCCGACGGCGUGGGUGUCGUCGUGUGACUUGAUUACGACGGCGAAGAUUCCGGUGGAUAAUAUGCCGUGGCUGUUCUGGACGGAUUAUAACUCUGAUAUUCCGUUGCAGUGGGAUAAUCCUGAUUGCAGGAGCUGUGAAGCGCGUGGAGGACGGUGUGGCUUCCGUGAUGAACAUGAUGUUCGUGUUUCUUGUGACGGUCUUCCUUCCCAAAGUCAAGGUUUUUCAAGUAAAACUAAGUAUGCUAUGGGUAUGGGCCUGGGAAUACCUGGACUCCUAGGUCUCAUUGGGCUUGCAUGGAUUUUCUGUUGUAAGAAGAACUCAGGUCCUCAACCGCGCCAAACGGGUACUGAAUUGUCUACCCUAAUUAUACCACAUCCUUUGGUUGUAACUAUGGGCCUUGAUGGGGCUGCUAUUGAGAGAUACCCUAAAACCCAGCUUGGUGAAAGUGGAAGAUUGCCCAGGCCCAAUGACAACACUUGCUCCAUUUGUCUCAGUGAAUACCAGCCCAUGGAGACGUUGAGGACCAUCCCGGAGUGCAAUCACUAUUUUCAUGCCAAUUGCAUUGAUGGAUGGUUGAAGAUGAAUGCUACGUGCCCCUUGUGUAGGAAUUUACCAGAGAGAUCCCCUUCAUUUGCUCCGUCUUUGCCUUUAUCUCAAACUUCUCAACAAUUGUCAAUGUAACUGUUACUCUUUAUUAGUGUUCUAUACAGAUUAAACUACUAUAGAAGUGAGUGAGUAUGAUUCAUUUAUGUACAAAUUUUACGGAAUUUCAGUACAGUUGUUGAAUAAAAUAAAAGCAAACACAUUCAGAAGGAAA